AUGACGACUUCUAAUCGAAGUCUGUGCCCUUUGGGUGUUCUCCAAACUAAUGGUGCCUCGCUGGACUCCUCACCUCCUACGACCAUUUCAGAGACGACCCAUCAAAGCGAUCUACUGAUCGUGUCAGAUGAAGUCCAGAACCAAUGGAAGUCGACUCGCUCUCAGAUCGCCAAAUCUCCGCACGAUUACAUAUCUGCACUACCAUCGAAGUGCAUCCGCGAAAAGUUCAUAGACGCGCUGAACACUUGGUUCGAUUGUCCCCAAGGCUCAGUCAUAGUCAUCAAACGAGUCAUAAGCAUGCUUCAUAACUCUUCUCUGAUACUCGACGACUUCCAAGAUAACUCGACCCUACGUCGUGGAAAACCGACUACGCACACGGUUUUUGGGCCGGCCCAAUCAAUAAAUUCGGCGGCCUAUAUCAUUGUCAAGGCGGUUUCGGAAAUCCAAAGUUUUUUCGGGUCGGCGUCUGCCGUAAAAGCUACGGAUAUGAUUUUGACUUUAUUCGAGGGCCAGGCUAUGGACCUGGAUUGGACAUACAACGACAGAUGCCCUUCGGUGCAAGAUUAUAUGAUGAUGGUUGAUGACACACAUGCCAGGGCAGACUUGGGUGUGGAACCCAACAAAGCUACUCGAGCGUUGGUUACGGUCUUUGGGAGGUACUUUCAGAUUCGAGACGAUUACAUGAAUCUAGUUGACGCCGAUUACACCAGCCAGAAGGGGUUUUGCGAGGAUUUGGACGAAGGCAAAUAUUCGCUGAUCUUGAUCCACGCCCUCCAGAAUGAUGCCGGACGUUUCCUGCUGGGAAGUGUGCUAUCAACGAGGCGAAUACAAGGCAGGCUGACUACGGAGCAAAAGCUACUGGUGCUCGACCAGGUUCGGGCAUGUGGUAGUCUAGAAUGGACGAGUUCGCUUUUAAACGACCUCCUUCAGCAAACGGUGGCCGAGAUCAGGAGAUUAGAGAAGGCUUUCGACAAGGAGAACUAUGACUUGAGAGCGCUGGCUGAUAUGUUACAGCAUUAA